GAAAUUGAGAAAUUAUACAAUUGAUGAGAAUCGGCCCCCAAUCAUCAAAAAUUAUGGUUACAGAAAAUAGGACAAAUAAUUAUCCAUCAAAAUUAUGUGUGGCAUCACGGACAAGUUUAAAAACUAUAAUUAUGAGAGGUCAUGGGACUGGUUAUGGUUAUCAUUGUGAAGGAUCGAGCGAUGGUGAUACAUCGAAUACAAGUAAUGCUCAUCUUAGAAGACUGCUAAUGGAGAAUCGAUAUCCAGUCCGAUGUGCUAGAAAGAAAGCACGCAAACAAAAAGAUUCACCGAAACAACAAGGCCUCAUAUUCAUUUGGCCACAAAAACAGAAAAUCUAUUUUAAUUAUCAUAAUAUGAAACGUUUUGCAUGUGUUUUAGCGCACACCCUGUAUUGGUUGCAUGUUACUAAUAUUUUACCAAGUGGUCCAGGUUUAUCAAUUAGUGAACCAUCAUGGGAAGUUCCGAUUCCUGUUCGUAUUCCAGCACCAGUUUUAAGGAAUAACAUUAUUGAACCAGACUGGGAUUCUAAAUAA